UCAUCCAUAUGCUUGCUAUCAGUGCAUCUGUCUUGAACCAGAUUAACAUGGGAGCACUUUUAUUAUUAUUUUUAUCACCUUUAAUUUGUACAGAAAUAGGCGAGUGUGUUUGGCCCUUGAUCUUGAUAACAUUACCGGGUCUUAUCAACAAAAUGGAACUCGGGCAGUGUGCUCUUCAUGGGAAUCAGUAUAUGGCAGCUUGAUCAAUUUAUUUACUGGGUGAAUAUGCCCAGCUCCCACAGUCGACCACCACUUGACUGACAUUAAGUUCAAUUGAAAUCACUGAGGUUGCUCAAUUGAGCUUCAGUUCGUUUCUAUCCGCGGUGGCGAACGGUUGUGCCAUGUGUCCAAUUACCACGGUUCUGUUCCUGCUGGUGGCCCUCUUGGCCUUGAUCUGUUUUCUCACAUGGAACUUUAACUACUGGAAGAAGCGAGGCAUUCCAACGGGCAAGACAUGGCCUUUAGUGGGUAGUUUUCCCAGCAUUUUUACCCAGAAGCGGAACAUGGUCUAUGACAUUGAUGAUAUUUACGAGCAGUACAAGAACACGGAUAGCCUUGUGGGAGUGUUUAACACACGAAUGCCACAGCUUUUGGUCAUGAGUCCAGAGUUCGCUCAUCAGAUAUUUGUCACCGAUUUCCGGAGUUUCCACGACAACGAGAUGGCAAAGUUUACCAACAAGAAGGUGGACAAAUCCUGGCCAACAAUCCUUUUAUUGACAGGCGAGGCCUGGAAGGAAAGACGUGCCGAGGUUACACCAGGACUUUCGGCCAACAGGGUUAAAGCUGUCUAUCCCGUGUCCCAGAGUGUGUGUAAGAAGCUGGUUGACUUUAUCAAGCGUCAACAGCGUAUGGCCACCUGAGGAUUGAAUGCCAAGGAUGUGUGCCUCUGCUUCACCACCGAAGUCGUGUCCGACUGUGUUCUUGGCAUCUCCGCCCAGAGUUUCACCGACAAUCCCACACCCCUGGUGGGAAUGAUCAAGCGAGUCUUUCAGCAGUCCUUUGUAUUUAUUUUCUACACCGUGGCAGCGAAUAUAUGGCCUCCAAUCCGCAAAAUCUACUCGGUUGGUCUAUUUGCUAAGGAUGUCGAGGAGUUUUUCUUUGACAUUAUGAGGAAGUGCAUCCAGAUGAGGCGGGAAAAUCCAGUGCAACAGCGAGAUGACUUCCUCAACUAUAUGCUGCAGUUGCAGGAGAAAAAGGGUCUUGAUACAGUGGAGCUAACCUCGCACACGAUGACUUUCCUCACGGAUGGCUUUGAGACAACAGCACAGGUUCUGUCCCAUGUCCUGCUCCUGUUGGCACGAAAUCCCAAGGAGCAGCAGCGGUUGAGGGAGGAAAUCGGUACCGGAGAGCUAAGCUUUGAGCAGUUGAGUGAACUGCCCUUCAUCGAGGCCUGCAUUCAUGAAACUUUGCGAAUUUUCCCACCUCUUCUAAUUGCCCGUAAAGUGGUAACUCAGGAGCACGUAUUUGUGAACAAAAAUGGCGUCAGCGUGAAGGUGUAUCCCGACGAUGUAGUCAUCGUUCCAGUUAAUGCCCUUCACCACGAUCCUCAGUAUUAUAAGGAUCCGCAGAGCUUUAAGCCAGAACGCUUCUUGGAGGUUAAUGGAGGAGCCAAGAAGUACAGGGAUCAGGGUAUUUACUUUGGCUUUGGCGAUGGACCACGCAUUUGUCCAGGCAUAAGGUUCGCAGUCACCCAAAUCAAAGCGGCUCUGGUGGAGAUCCUAAGGAACUUUGACAUCAAGGUUAAUCCCAAGACCCGUAACGAUAAUGUGUUCGACGAUACCUACUUUAUGGCUUCUCUAAAGGGGGGCAUUUUCCUUGACUUUACAGAGCGCAAAUAGAUAUUGAACUUCCUUAAAUUCCCCAAAAUAAUAACAGCAAAUAUUUGUUAAA